UCUGUUACAUAUUACAAUUACAAUCUUAUAUACUUUUAUCCUAAUCUUAUACAGAAAUUCCUAUUUGGAGGAAGGUUGAUAUUUGGACCGGAUGCUAGGUCACUUCUUGUUACCUUGCUGCUGAUCAUUGUUCCAGUUAUCAUCUUUUGUGUAUUUGUAGCAAGACAUCUUCGGCAUGAAUUUUCUUCAUAUAAUGCCGGAUAUGCUAUUUUGGUGGUGGCAGUUCUCUUUAAUAUUUAUGUGUUGAUUCUUCUCUUUCUUACUUCCUCACGUGAUCCGGGUGUUAUUCCAAGGAAUUUACAUCCACCAGAGGAAGAGUUCCGUUAUGACUCUUCAGUUUCAGUUGAUAUUGGGGGUCGCCAAACUCCAAGCCUUCAGUUCCCUCGAACAAAAGAAGUAAUGGUCAAUGGUCAUCCCGUGAGGGUGAAAUAUUGUGAUACUUGUAUGCUGUAUCGUCCACCUCGUUGUUCACAUUGCUCCAUUUGCAACAAUUGUGUUGAACGUUUUGAUCACCAUUGCCCUUGGGUGGGCCAAUGUAUUGGGCUGAGGAACUACCGUUACUUCUUUCUGUUUGUUUCUUCAGCCACUAUUCUAUGUAUCUAUGUGUUUUCCAUCUCAGCUUUUUACAUCAAGGUUCUGAUGAAUAAUGAUCACGGGACAGUUUGGGGGGCAAUGAAAGAAUCCCCUGCAUCAGUUAUAUUAAUGGCAUACUGUUUCAUCUCUUUGUGGUUUGUUGGUGGACUUACUGGCUUUCAUUUGUACCUUAUUGGCACAAAUCAGACUACCUAUGAGAACUUUCGGUACAGAGCCGAUAACAGGUUCAAUGUUUAUAACCGUGGUUGUUUAAACAAUUUCUUGGAAGUAUUUUGUACAAAAGUGAAGCCCUCAAGGAACAAUUUUCGAGCUUUUGUCCAAGAGGAGGUACCAAGGCCACCCCCUCCAAUCAUUUCCCGGGAAUCUGAACAGGAUAUGGGAGGAGACCCUCGCUCUAAAGUUGAAGACGAUCUGGAUAUUGGUGAAGACCUGUUAAAGAUAUCACAGCGCCGGAAUAUUGAAGAAAUUGAUGAGGACAUCCGGAGUAGAGGGAGUAAUGGGCCUCUCCAUAAUACAUCUGAAGUUGAUUCAGCUUUGGGUUCAGAUCGCCGGGCCCCAACAAUUCGAUCCGAAGCAAGGCACUCAAGUGAGGGUAGAAGUGAAAGCUGGGAAAUUGCCUCUGAGGUCCUUGCCAAUUCAAAUUUAACUGAAAGUAGAGGCCAUGUUGCAUCAAAGGAGGUGCGCCAAAAACUCGGUGGUUCUUUCUGAUAUGUGUGGUUACUUAGAUAUUAAAGGUGGAAAAGGAAAUGGUGUUUGAUCAGAUUAUAGGAAUGGGAAUUGAAUUGAUUGAGGCAUUAAGUACAAAAACUUGUUUGAUCUUUUUUGUGGUAAGCCUAGCUCUUUUGGAAAGAAUAGAAAUGUGUGUAAUUUUCGAGAGACAGAGGAAUAGUAUCUUUUUUUCUUCUCUUUUCUUUGUUAAUUGUUAUCCUACUCUCCAACCUGUGCAUUGCAUCUUUAUGUGGUUUUAUUCUUUGUGUAUAUACCAGUUAUGAUGCUAAAACUCUCAUACUGUGAUUUAGGUAUUGUAAAACUGAUUCCUCCGCUAAAUGCUUUCAUUGUGCUACUACUACUAUGAUACAAUGAUGUGUGGGGAUUUUGA